CAAUAAUGGGGACACUGAAGUCUGCAACAAUUUUUUUUUUUUUUAAUAUUAGCAGCCAAAUUGCUGGUGGAAAAUCUGAAAGAAAAAAACUCACCAAAUUAUGUACAACUACAAAUAAAGAUUUCUCCUUUUUUUUUUUUUUCACUUUAUAAAUUGGUAUCAUAUUCAUAGCCUUUUUCCUUUGAAUCCCCCUAAUUUUGACAUCUCCUUCAUUUAUUGUCCCCCUACCUGUGUUUUUUCCCCUCCAUUUUUCUUUGAUUCUUUCUUCAUUUCAUCAAAUACCCAUUUCUAGUUGCUGCAAAACAGUACUGGGUUUUUAAUCUUUCAUGGAUCUUGUAAGGAAAAGCUCACAAGCACUUUCACCAAAUAUCACAUCUGGUCCUCCUCCUCAUUUACAUUCAUCAGAACCAAGUUUCCCCAUUAUAGCUAUAGCUGUAAUAGGGAUUUUAGCCACUGGUUUCUUGUUAGUAAGCUACUACAUCUUCGUCAUCAAAUGCUGUCUGAAUUGGCACAGGAUUGAUCUUCUAAGACGAUUUUCAUUAUCUAGAAGACGACCCGAAGACCCAAUAACGCCUUACUCUCCAGCAAUGGAACAUAGAGGGUUAGAUGAAUCGUUGAUAAGAUCAAUCCCAAUAUUCCAAUUCAAGAAAAACAAUGGGAACAUCGAUGAAAAGACCCUUUGUGAAUGUGCUGUUUGUUUGAAUGAGUUUCAAGAAGACGAGAAGCUAAGGAUGAUACCAAAUUGCAGCCAUGUUUUUCAUAUAGAUUGCAUUGAUGUUUGGCUUCAAAACAAUGCGAAUUGCCCACUUUGCAGAACGAGUAUUUCGAGUAGUACCAUCAAUGCACAAAGCUUAGCUCCACAAGAUCCAAUCAGUAAUGGUGGUGAUGAAGAUUAUGUGGUGAUUGAACUAGGUGAUAAUAAUAACCGUAGUUCAAGCGAUGAGUCAAUUAGUGGUUCACCUAUGGAGCUCAAGGAUGUGGAGAAACGAGGAAGGAAGUUGCAUAAAGGGACAAGCAUGGGGGAUGAAUGGAUUGAUAGUAGAAACAAAGGUGCAGAGUUUGGGAUUCAACCAAUAAGGAGGUCGAUUUCAAUGGAUUCAUCAGCAGAUCGGCAGCUAUAUUUAGCUGUUCAAGAAGCUAUAAGACAGAAAAGGGAAGUGAAUGAGGGUAUUAGCCCCAUUGAAGGUUGCAGUAGCAGAGUGAUGAGAAGGUCUUUCUUCUCUUUUAGUCAUGGUAGAGGGUCUAAAAAUGCAAUUUUACCUGUUUAUUUGGAGACAUAAAAAACUACAGUUUUAGGGUUUUUU